AUGGGCGUACAGGAGGCCAGAGCAGGCAAUGGGCAAGUACGCAAUGAUGGCGAGUCCACCGACUUCACUUUUACUUGUCAAGGGCGAGAUAUUCGAGUUCACAAGAUUAUCAUAUGUAGCCAGUCACCAGUUUUUCGUGCAGCAUGUACUGGUCAAUUUAAGGAAGCAUUGUCCGGUACAUAUGACCUGACUUCUGAUGAAUCCGAUAUGGUGCAGCUUAUGGUGGACUACCUUUAUACGGGCGACUACUCAUUGGAAACAGGUGAGGUGGACGAAGAACCAGACACUUACAGCGAUUCGAGUCUCUCAAUACAUGCCAUCAUGUAUUCCAUAGGAGACAAGUACGAUAUCGAAGGUCUCAGGCAUCUGUCCACAAAGAAAUACUGUGAAGUCCUACAGGGGGACUUGUAUAUCAACGACUUCUUUUCUUCCAUACCAUAUGUCUACGACUUGACACCAGAGACGUCUCGGGACCUCCGAGAUCCCGCCCUGGCAUUCGCAAGAAACGUUCUGAGCGGGGACGGGCCAACGACCUUGUCUAUUGUCAGAGAGGCGUUUGACGAGCUCGUUAUUGAAUGUCCAGAGUUUGUCAAAGAGCUUUUGUACUCUGCCUUGCAGUCUCCGUUGUUGGGUUACUGUCCGUGCAGUGGUCCCAGGAACAUGGUCCCAGUGGAAGCCGACCAAUAUCGAUGUAGGAAGUGUGGCAAAGGUGGUGCCAGCCUGAGGCGACCAUAG